AUGACUGAGUUUCAAAGAGAGAUGAUUCUUACUGAACGUGCUGAUAAGAAAGGAGACAAAAGCUUCACUGCGAAGCUUAGGUCCAAGCGACAGAACAACGACAAGACUACCACCACCACCACUCCUGUUUCCAAACCACUUCCUGCAGCAUCUCGUGGUGUUCGGUCUUCUGCUAGAUCUGCAGACAGAUCCGCUGCAAAGGAUGAUGCUUUGAACGAGUUGAGGGCUAAGCGUAUGAAGCACCAGAACCCUACGAAGCUGAGCAGAGAUUUCACAUCAUCGAAAUUGAGUAGCUCAAGUGAUAGUGAUAAUAGGUCUCAGAGUGACGAUGGAGGUAUGGUGGAAAGUGAUGACGACAGGUCAGAUAUGCCUACCUAUGAGGAUAUUAAAGAGAUUACUAUUAGGAGGUCUAAGCUUGCUAAAUGGUUUAUUGAACCUUUCUUUGAAGACCUUAUCGUUGGUUGCUUUGUCAGAGUUGGGAUUGGGAGGUCAAAGGCUGGUCCCAUUUAUAGACUCUGCAUGGUCAAGAAUGUGGACGCAGUUGAUCCUGACAAGGCCUACAGUCUAGAGAACAAGACUACACACAAGUACCUUAACGUCUUCUGGGGUAAUGAAUUUUCCGCUGCUCGUUGGCAAAUGGCUAUGAUCUCCGACGGGCAUCCUGUGGAGGAAGAGUAUAGGCAGUGGAUCAGAGAGGUUGAGCGAACUAAUGGUCGCGUGCCUUCCAAGCAAGAUGUUUCAGAGAAGAAAGAAGCGAUCGAAAGAGUCAACAGUUUUGUUUACUCGGCGGAGACUGUUAAGCAGAUGUUGGAGGAGAAAAAAUCUGCAUCCGUCAGGCCAAUGAAUGUUGCAGCCGAGAAAGAUAGGCUUAGGAAAGAGUUGGAGAUUGCAGAGAGCAAAAACGAUGAAGCAGGUGUAGAGGGAUCAAAGGUAAGAUCAAGCAGCUUGAUGCGUCAAGGAAUAAAAAAGGAGUAG